GAGGUCUGUCGCGUUUCCGAGAAGUGCGUGAGCGUGGAAAUGGUAGCAAGAUGGCGGCGUUGAAGGAGGAGCAGUGUUACGGACUGUCUUGUGGAAGAGUGAGCAAUGGCAGCAAUAUCUCAGUCUUUCACGUUAAACUUACUGACAGUGCUUUGAGAGCGCUGGAAGACUAUCAGAGCAGUAAGGGUCUCUCUGCUCAACCACUAAUACGAUUCACUGGAAAUCAAGGGAAAAUCUCAAUACCCCAGUCCACGAGUCCCAAUGAUCUGCGAACAUUUACGUUCUAUCUGUCUAAUGUGGGGAGGGAUAAUCCCCAGGGCAGCUUUGACUGCAUCCAGCAGUACAUUACAAGUGAAGGGAACAUACAGCUGGACUGCCUGGGAGGCAUCCAGGAUAAAAUUACGGUGUGUGCCACAGACGACUCGUACCAGAAGGCCAGGCAAAGCAUGGCCCAGGCCGAGGAGGAGACGCGCAGCCGCGCUGCCAUAGUCAUCAAACCCGGGGGGAGAUACGUGGGUAAAAGGGUCCAAAUCCGGAAACCGGCGAUGGCGCACUCAGAUGUGGCCCCACUGCGACGUUUCUCUCGUCCUGUGCUCAUCUCCAGCAGCAUGAAGAAGAGUACGGCACAGCCACGGCCACUCAGGGAGCGUCUGGUCCACUUACUCGCUCUCAAACCCUACCGCAAGCCUGAGUUGUUGGUGCGUCUCACAAAAGAUGGCCUCUCGCCCCAGGAUAAGGACACUUUGGACAGCCUCCUGCAACAGGUGGCUAAUCUGAAUAGCAAGGACAACACCUUCACAUUGAAGGACUGUUUGUUUAAGGAAGUUCAGAAGGAUUGGCCUGGCUACACUGAGGUAGACCAGCAGAUUCUGAAGAGGAUCCUUGUCCGGAAACUUAGUGCUCAGUGCAAGGGUCAGAGUAGUGGUCUUGUGCUUGGGGAGAAUCCAGUCAGCCCACACAAAGAACAGGCCAGUAGCUCUCCAUCUCAGAAAAGGACUACUGAAGACUUUAUCGAUCCCCUGGCAAGCAAGAAGCCCAGGAUAUCGCAUCUGAUCAGCAAGGGAUCAGCACCCGUCAACGGAAAGUUGAUUAACUCUUCAAACGGGAAGGACUCAUGCGGCUUAUCCAGUGCCCCGCUUCCGAUACUGGAACUAUCUCAGCAUCUUGAGCCGCUGUCGGACGUCAGCAACGACUCGAGCCACAAUGGCCGGGACUGUGAAGGCCAGGAGGCAGCAGUGGCUGAGAGGCUUAGCCAAACCCCAGCCUUCACAGGGAGCUCGCUGCAGACGCGGACAGAGGCGGUGUUGGGCUCCACAGCUGUACCGCCCUGUAGUCUGGAAGGAUCGAAGGAGCGCAGCAGCUCACCCUCGCUGCACAGCAAGUCCAAGAAGUCCAAAAAGCACAAAGAUAAAGACAAGUCCAGAAAAAGAGAUCCAGAGAAGGAGAAGCGGGACAGGAAAGGAGCGGUGGAUGGUGAUGGAUUGCACCUGAAGAAACUGUACAAUGUUAACACGAGUCCAGACCUGAGCAUGACGAGUAUUCCACAUAAAAGCACAGAUCGGAACGGAAUGUGCAACAGCUCCAGUAUUCCUGCAUCUUCAUCUGUGAUGGCAGACUAUUUACUAAAAUACACUGAGAUUAGCUCCCAGGAGCAGCGUCAGAGCUAUAAGAAUGACUUUAAUGCCGAGUAUAGUGAGUACCGGGGACUCCACGCACGAAUAGAGGGCAUCACCCGGCAAUUCACUGUGCUGGACGCUGAGCUUAAACAGCUGCAACAAGGCACAGAUCAGUAUAAGACAAUCCACAAUCAAAUACUUCAAGAGUAUCGCAAAAUAAAAAAGACUCAUCCCAACUACAGCCAAGAGAGGAACCGCUGUGAAUAUCUCCACAACAAGCUGGCACAUAUAAAGAAACUUAUAGCAGAAUAUGAUCAGCAGCAACUUCAACAAUGGCACUAAUCAUGUUGUGUUAUUUUUCCCUUUUACUUUCUGGAAACAAGACAGUGAGAGAGAAACUCUGGAUUCUGGGGAGUUUUCUUUAUUUCUGUUUUCUGGCUUGCUCUAAAACAGCAAUUGCUCUAAGAAAAAAUGCCAUGAAGAGCAUUCCUGCCCCCAUACCCCUCCUACAGAGGGCCUACAGCUCUAGUGAGGGCACUACAUGCAGUUAUCAGUUUUCUUUUACUGGGUUUUUUCCCCCCAUUUUUGCAGGGGGUUGAGUGGGAGGUGUUUUACACUGCAUAUGAAAAAGUCUUCUGGGCUUCGGUUCGCUCUCUAAUAGCACAUAGGUCUCCCACAGAGCAGAAGACCAUGGAUUUUUUCCUCCCUUGCUUUACAAACUGGGGCAGGCAACACUGAAACCCAUUUCUCAACAUUUCUUACAUUGUUUAUUAAAAAAAAGAUUCAGAGAAUAUCAUGUUUCCCUAUAUAUUGAAUGGAAGGUACUCAUAUUAUUUAUUCUUUCGUCUUCCUGGGGGUUUAUACCAGAUCUGUUGUACACUCCUCAGUAUGAGCUUUCUUUUUCCAAGCUUAAAAAAAAAAAAAAAAAAAAAAAUCAGUAUUUUAUGCAAAUGCUGCCUUUGGUUCCAGGUAGUCCAUAGUUUGCAGUUCAUUCAUUCAUUAAGUUUAUUCUCUGGCUUAUGCAGGGACUCUGAUGAAUAUCUCAAGCCAAGCCAGUUCAGCCUGUUUUACACUGUGUGUGAUAUUGUACCGGUCUCUUCCAUGCAUUGGAUGUUGAUGAUCUGCCUACAGGUGCGACAGUGGUGUCUAUAUGUGUAAAGGCUUUUGACUGUAUGCUCUUGAUUUUCAUUUCUGGCUUGGUUGAACCUGCUACACCAAAGCUGGUCAUUUUCCUUAUUGAAUUAAGAGCCUGGGCGUGUCUCAGAGCGAUAGCCGGGUGCCUUGAUCGCAGCCGUCUUGCGUUUGUGACCGCCCUUCUGUUAUGAAGUUACCUAUUACUAUUAAACAUGUGCAAAAGCAUUACACCAGCCUUGAUGGACUUGGAUUUCAAGUCAUGUUUAUCAGGUAAAUGUUAUAUAAGAUCCCUCAAAUAUGGCUGUAUCCCUUUAAAGUAUCAAGAUUGCGCACACAUGAUGAGAUCCAGAGUGUAAGUGGGAGUAUGAGCUGGACAUGUGAUGUACUGUAUUUUUCUUUGGUAAUGUAGAACUCUAGACCAUCUUGCAGUUUGGAGAAAUAUGUACCAAGACCCCCACCACCACCACCAUAAUUCAUACCCUGCAGUUAUAUUACUGAGACGACGGCUAACCUGUGACGCACGAUCAGUCUCUGAGUAUUUGUCAUCAAGUAUUCACCUUUCAGUUGCAUCGAAACGGAGACCAGAGUCAGAACUCCUAUCAUGUCUGUAAAGAUGUCUGAAGAAUUAUUUUAAAAUUUGACAGCUGUCUAGAAAGAGUUCUUCACCUGUUCAACCUUAUCAGACGAUCUUUUCUGAUACUGAGCUUUUUAUGUUUAAAUAUUAAAAUUCUGCACUUUGCACAGCCUCUUGCUGUUACUCUUACCUGGGUUUUGUUGCGAGAAGACGUUUGUCUCGUCCAUCUUAGUGCAUGCUUUUGUGAAUGUGUUCAGGAAAGAAGACCAGAACAUGUACCAUAGAUUUAUUACUACUGUAGAAGGGUAUCUCUAAUAAAACCUCAUGAGAUGCAUCUCUGGAAACAUUUUAGACUGGAGAACAGAACAUACCCGUGAAUUGUUUCCCCGUCAGUGUGAGGAGCAGCUGAUCGUUUUGUAUUAGAUAUUAGACAGUAUUGAUUUGGCGUUUAUUUGAUUCUAUUUGUUUUGAUGAGCCAGUUAGAUGAAGAGAUAUAUAUUAGUGGAACUUAUUUUAGUGAAAUCGAAGCCCCUUUCUAAAUGAAACUACAUUCUAAUACAACCUUGUCUCUACAAACUGCCAGGAUUUUUUUUUUCUCUCCUGGACAUAGUUUUAAUUGGUGCUAAAGCUAAUUGGUGCAAUCAAUAACACUGUUACAACCUUAUUAUGUGUUAUUUUAGGACUCACCUCAAUUUUUAAUUGGUCUUAAUUUCAAUAUUUAUUUUUGCUUCAGUUAUGCUGUCAACAAAAUUAGCUUCGAAUAUGCCAAAUGACGUGUUGUGUAGGGUAGUGGAAGGUGACACAUGCUGCUGUUUUAACAAAACAAAAAGGGGGUGGGGCUUUUGAAAUCAAUUUUUAAUGUUAAUGCUGAAACCCAAAGCGUGCUUUUUUUUUUUUUUUUUUUUAAUGUUCAGGACUGGGACUGAAAUUUGUCUUAGAAU